GCGAGGCGCAAUCGGCUUUGGUUGGUGGGAUGACUUGGGCUUGGGAUUUUCACUGUGCACCCCUGUCCCCCCUCCGCCGCCAAAUAACAAAGCCAUUAUCUGGGUUCUUAUAGUCCCAAUAAGGCAUUUAAAUCCCCCUAUUGUUGCGACAAGUGAUUUAUCACCCCCUGUAGUGAGCCUGCAACCUGCAAACACAACAGUCCCCAUAAGCAAAGAGAAGGGAGAGGACAGUGGUGUAGAGUCCUGGAGGGGGACAGAGGAGGCACCAGGCACUGCUGAAUAAUGUAUGCCAAGGAGGCUCCACCAAAGCCAGCUCGGUGGGGGUUAAACAGACGUGCCCCCUCACGUCCCUCCUCCUUCUCCUCUCCCUGAAGUGGAGCACUGAUGAACAUUUUUUGGGCUAAGUAGAUGCUGGUUUAAACUCCUUCUCUAUUUGAUGAUACUAAAGAAGCCAAAUAACCUUUGUAGAUAUAUAUUUUGGGGGGUUUUCUUGGAAGGUGGGGGGAAGGGCAAUUCCUGGCUACGCCAAAUCUCCCAGCUGGAUCUAGGGAUGCAGGAACUCGGCGUUGUGGGGCUGGUCACUGUUGUGGAUUUUGGAAAUUGAGAAAUCGCCACCAACAAACAUCCCCCCUUUGGUUUGCUUGCAGGUCCACCCUGCACAGAGAGAGGAUCCAGGCAGGAGAAGAGAUAGACGGGGGAUCUGGAUGAGCCCCAGCAGCUCCUGGUUAUACCUCCAGACGUCACAAGGAGACAGACCUCAGGUCAGGCAGCAACAAGCAAUUCCUUGAUCCGGUGGUCUGGGGUGAAAUGAAGGUUCCUCUGCUGCCUCCUCGUUAGGGCUCCAGAUUUGAUACUGGGGAUGGGUCUUGCAUGGAUCCUGCGCCCGGAUCACAGCUGGUCCUAGAGGAGACCCCUCCGGUCUCAAUGUGGAUGUUAUAACGAGGAGCACACUGCUGUGGGCUUGCAUUUUGGAGGACAUACCAGCGAUAACUUACCUCCUAUACCUCCUGCAAUUCAUCGGCGUCUGCCAUGGGAUUGGAAAUCUCUUAGUUCUCUCUUGGAAACCCAAGUGUGGUACUGACUCCUUGCUCUUCGCCCCCUAAAACUGACAUGUAUGAGAUGGAAAAGCAAGGUCUGUUCAGCGCUAUCUGUUACCUGAUGUUGAAUUCCCCCCUACUCUUCAGUGUACACGCCAAAUUCACUGAAGUUCCCAAAGAUGUGACAAUAAGGGAGGGAGAUGACAUAGAGAUGCCUUGUGCUUUCCGUGCCAGCGGAUCUACAUCUUUCUCUUUGGAAAUCCAGUGGUGGUACCUUAAAGAGGCAACCAGAGAAACAGCACUGGAAUUAGCUCUCAGUGCCCCCGGGAGCAGGAACAAGGUCAUCGUGAAUAAAGAUGGGACCAAAAUCAGUACUGUCCGGGUGCAAGGCAAUGACAUCUCCCACCGGCUGAGGCUCUCCAAUGUCAGGAAGCAGGACGAGGGGGUGUACGAGUGCCGGGUGUCCGAUUAUGGAGACGAUGAGACUCAGGAACACAAAGCCCAGGCGAUGCUACGGGUCAUUUCUCGCUUCUCCCCACCCGACAUGCAGGCGGCCGAGGCUGUAUCCCACAUCCAGAGCAGUGGGCCCCGCAGGAAUAACCCCGGAAACAGAGCCACCCCAGAGCCUGGAAAUAAGCGCCCCAUCCCUCCAGGACAAAGCCUGGCUGCAUCUCCAGCCACUGCAGCGUCCUCCUCCGCUUCCCCGGCCCCUGGAAAAGCAGCCAUCCUGCGACAACAGCACGGUUCUGGCACGGGUCCCUCUCUCGCCGGUGAUCCGAUCCUAUAUACGCUCCUGUUGAUACUUCAUCAGCUCGCAUUCUUAUUAUUCAACCACUAAUGGACCAUUUUGUGAAUCAUUCCUGAACCAACCAAACGAACCCAUAGGAACUUAUCCAAAUCCCCUCUUAACGAAAGCUGCAAAUUAAAUAAAGGACAGGAAAAAGACUGAGCGAAGCAUGGCAAACACUUCACGGUGAACAUAAAAAUGUAAAAAACAAAAACAAAAAAACAACAACAUAUUUUUGGAGAACUUACAUAAAAGGAAAAGAAAAAGAAACUACCCCAAAAAUAAUGCAUCUAGUUUCAGACCAUGGAGAGAGAAAAAAAUAUCCUGGUCUAAGCUUUUCCGCGGCGUGGCGCCUAUGAUUUCCGAACACGAUUACGACAACCAUAUCUUAUCUGGCAUUUUUCUUCCCAAAAUCACCUUUGUCGUUGUUUUUGCACGCACUGUUGAGCAGUUAUUUUUAUGACGCUCUGUACAAUUACUGAGCUUCACCUGAAUAUGGAAGAACAAAAAAACAACAAUAUUUUUCAGUAGGAUGUGUUUAAUGUUUUUGGUUUAUUUUUUUAAUUUGAUUUCCCCCCUCUCGUUUAAUUUUUUAAGUAAAUUAUUUAAUUUCAAUACUUUUUUUUUCUUCAAAGGCACAUGUCAAAUCCAUUAUUAAUCACCACCAAUAAUAUUUAUUUUUAAAUAAAGAUUGGAAACAAGGUAAGAAAAUUUGUUUAUAACAGAAAAACUGUAUUGUAUAAUGCUGAAUAACAGUUGAAUAAAAACAAUUUUGAAAUAA